CUGUAUAUAUUAUACACACUGCUCUGCUUCCUGCAGGGACCUCACAGCUGUUGUCACUGUGAACAUCGCUUGAAGGGCAGAACGUUUGAUGUGCCUCUGAUUCUCUUAAAUAACUUGUAAUCAUAACGGGAACAGUUUGCAGAGCUGUCAUUGGUUCAAAUAAGUCCAGACGUGCGUCGUGCUUCUGUUAAACAUCACUGUUGCCGGAAAUACAAUCCCCGAGGAACAUCGGUGUCUCCUCGGUUAUAGCUCCUCCAGAGGUCCUCCUCGAUGCUUGAUGCUCGAUGUGCAUUUAGAGAAAUGAGAUGUCCUUCAACAUGGUGCGCUGACACCGAUUUCUGGGUCACUACCAAGUAGUCGGGGAUUCGAAAAAUUCAACAAAUGAAAAAAGGGCCUGUCCGUCUUCUUCUGCUGUUCCCUUUAGUGUUAACGUCUUGUUUGUCAUCUUCUGCUCUUCCUUUUAGUGUUUACUUCCUGUCUGUCUAGUUUUUCAGAUUUCGGUGUUGUGCUGUUGUGUUUAUGCUGUUGAGCCAAGAUCCAAAACUAUGUUUACCUUUUAAUACCUAUUGCAUUUUAGGUGAAGACCAUCAAAAACAUUAUUACUGAAUUAUACAUUUACAAUCCUCUCUGUCUUUCAAUAUUUUUAAACCAUAGAUUCUUUAAUCCAAAAUGAAUACUUUACCAUGUUAUGGUAACAAAAAGGAACUAUUAGUUUGAUAAAGACUAAUUGACAACAUUAAAUAGAAGUAAUUUCCUAUAUUUAUGUUUCAUUGUCAUAUCUACACUGGAGCUACUCUGCACAUGAUAAUACAGCCUCUGAAUCUUUGAAUAUUCUGUUCUCACUUGGUCCACCACUGGCAUCCAGUCCGACAGGGGGCGAUACCACAUGCGUCAUUCUUGACCAGUGAAAUGAUCACUGCGCAUGCUCAUAGACAGGAACCAGGAAGAGACGCUAGUAAACAAGUGACCACCACGACUUGGAGAGCGAACCUCUCCGGUUCCAUCAGGACUUUGCCGCUAGUAUGUCUAAAAUCGAGAUGCUGAGGCUGCUCAUCACCCAGCGGCUCACCGCGGCCGCCGAGGAGAUUUUCGGGGUGUUCGGGAGAACCAUAGCCGACUACGAGGAGGAGAUCUCCCGCUCCAAGCUGGAGAUCGACCGCCAGCGCCGGCUGCUGGAGCUCUCCAUGCAGCCACGGGUCUCUGUGCAGGUCAGCAGUGCAGCUCUCAGUGAGCAGCAGGAGUGGAGCUCCAGCCUGGGUGAGAUGACCCCCCCCCCUAUCAAGGAGGAGGAGGAGGAGGAGGAGCUGUGGCAGGAGGAGACGCCUCAGACUGCGGAGCAAAACAAUGUCACCUUCCUUUUGUUCCAGAGUGGAGACAAGCAGGACAACGAGCACCUGACCUCAGACCUGGACACGCAUUCGGGCCCCUCGCUGCAGACCUUUCCCAAGCUGGAGGAGGCCCCUGGAGCUUCAGAUGCAGCUUCAGUUAACGGCCUGCUGGACUGUGUGGACCUGAACUUGCCACAGUCUGAGGAGGUGGACUCGUACAUCUGCACCAUCUGCGGCCGUGCAUUUGCGCAGCGAGGACACUGGACCAAACACGUGCAGGUGCACCGCAAGGCAGAGAGCAAAUUGGACAAGUCCUACACAUGUGACAUCUGUGGAAAGAAACUCACACGCUUUGACGGGUAUCAAAAACACUUGAGGAUUCACACGGGUGAGAAGCCGUACUGUUGCAAUGAGUGCGGGCGCAGAUUCAGCGAUAACUCCAAUUACAAACGACACAUCCGCACACAUGUGGGGCAGAAGACGCAGCCGAGCUGAGCACAGGCACUUGGAGGACACAUGCCCAUGACACUCGCAAAAACACAGCCAAUAUAAUAUCCACAGUCAUGUGGAUGAAUAUUGAAACUUUUGUUUUAUAAAUGCCCUCCCUCCACCUUUUAUAACUGAGCCCCUGUUUUUUAAAAUCCAGAGCAAAUAAAAAAAUACGUGUUUCACAUUUGAAAGCUUUUCAGAUUUUACUAUUAGUUUGCUUGUUCGAAAAACAACAAACUAAAACUGGGUUAUUAAAGCUGUUCAGAGUUUUGAAAAAAACAACAGAAGAGAAAAACUCCUGACCAUUUCAGGUGUAAUAACACAAUUGUAAACAUUUUAUCUUGUGACAAAAUGUUAAUGGCAUAGAUUAAUGCCAUUAACAUAUGUGGAUUUUUCAUGGAUGUAUCCACGUUGGUGUGACCAUAAAGGAAAAGACAAAGAAGAUAAGACAUAUUUUAUUUUUAGAUCUAACAGGUAUACACUGUGGAAACAGUGAAGUUGCACUUUCCAAAAGCAUUAAACAUAUGUGACAGGUGUUCUUUAAUGUCCGUUUGGAUUCAGAUCAGCUUUACUGGACUUUUUUUAUGAAUGCCUGUGUCCAAGAUCUUUUUGAAAUGAUUUAAAUUGGGAAUGGUAGUGAGGCGUUUGCUGAAGUCAUGUUGUUGCUUAAUAAAGAAACAUUCAGGUCUUUGUAUUUGGGAAAGUGGUUCAAGUGGUCCAUCCUAAUAAAAAUGCCGCCCAUCACUGGAGGGAAGCGCUUUAAAAAGACUGUACAAAUUACUGAAUGAAUAAAUCACAUGACUGAAAACUC